AUGGAUUCUAUGCUGUUAGAACCCGCCGGUGGAGCGGCUGGCAGCAGGGAGGCAGCGCUGCUGCGAGAGCAGCAGCAAGCGAAGCGGGAGUUUGCGGACCUGUCGCGCCGCUAUGCGGAGAAGGACGCCAAGGAGGGCGCGCUGCGCCUGAAGCUGCGCGAGGCGCGUGCCGCGCUCGCCGCGCGCGAGCGGCAGCUCGCUGGCGCGCAGCGCGCGAUGCAGCGGCUGUCGGAGGACAAGGCGCGCCUGCAGGAGGAGGCGGCGGCGGGGCGGCUGGCGGCGCAGAAGCUCAAGUCGCGCGCCUCGGGGCUGACGCAGGAGCAGCAGGAGCGGCACCGCAAGCAGACGGAAGAGCUGCGGCGGCGCUUGGCGGAGCUGGAGGCUGAGCUGGCAGAUGCGGCUGAGGUCAGCAUCGAGCAGCGCCGCCAGGUGGAGGUGCUGCAGCGCGCCCUCGAGACGCGCGCCAAGGACCUCUCCCGCAAGCUGGGGGCCGGCGCUGACGUCACCGCCGGGCUGCUGCACGCGCUGGCAGAGGCGCGGGAGGAGUCGCUGUCGAUCGCCAAGCAGCUGGCGGAGGCGAAGGCAGAGCAACACAAGAUGCGCACCGCGGCUGACAAGGCACGUCUGGCGCAGCGCCUUGAGACAGCCGAGCUGGUCCGCUCCGACGCGGAGGCAGCUGCAGAGCAGCUGCGCCAGCGGCUCGAGAAGCUGGUGGCGUCCGGCUCCUCCUGGCAGGCCGAACGAGAGGAAGCCGCCGCGCAGCUUCUCGUGCUGCGGGAGGAGGUGGCACGGCUGGGGCGGGAGCGGGACGACCUGCUGGACUGCCUGGAGGAGGAGGAGCAGCAGCAGCAGCAGCAGCAGCAGCAGCAGCAGCAGCAGCAGCAGCAGCGCGUGCCCGGCCGGCAGGGCGCGGCGUCGCCGGGGCGGCAGAGGGGGCGGGAGGAGGGCGAGGGGAACGCGGCAGAGGAAGGCGGCAGCCGCGCCGCCCCCGACGCCGCCGCCGCGCUGGCCGCCGCCGCCGCGGCUGCCUCCGACGCCGCCGACGCGGCAUCAGACGAGCGCCGCCGCCUGCGGGCGCGCGCGCGGCGGCUGGAGCGGCGGCUGGAAGACGCAGGGGCGCGGGCGAACGAUUUGGAGGAGGAGCUGGAGGGCGAGCGGCGCGCAAGGGGGCAGGAGGCGGCGGCGCGGCGCGCGAGGGAGCAGGCCCUGGAGGCGCAGCUGGACGAGGCGCACGCGCGAGAGAGGGGCCUGCAGCAGGAGGUGGCCGCUCUCAAGUCGCACGUGGCUGCGCUGGACGGCGCCGCCACCACCGCCAGCGGCGCCGCGGCGAAGCUGGCCAAGCUGGAGGAGCAAGUGGUGCAGCUGGAGGCCGCGGUGCGCGUGGCCGUGGCCGAGCGCCAGCACAUGGAGCAGCGCCUGCGCGCUGCCGCCGACGACGCCGCCGCCGACGCGGCCGCGUCCGCGCGCUGCGCCGAGGGGCUGCGGGCCGCGGUUGCGGCGCGCGAAGGGGCGCUGAGGGCGGCGCGGGCGGAGGGGGGGGAGGCGCGGCUCGAGGCGGAGGGGUUGAGGGCGCAGCUGGAGGGGCUGGCGCGCGCCAAGCAUGUUUGA